AUGCAAACCAAGGACGCAACUUUCCGAGACCAAAGAACACAAGACACCACAAUCAGUGGUCCUUAUCAUUUAUCUCUCCCCCCUUGCCUGUCCCUCCCUCUCCCUCCCUCUCCCCCCUCCCCUCCCUCCCUCCCCCCCCUCUCCCCCUCCUCCCCUCCCUCCCCCCUGUCUCCCCUCCCUCUCCCCCCUGUCUCCCCUCCCUCCCCCUGUCUCCCCCCCCUCCCCCUGUCUCCCCUCCCCCUGUCUCCCCCUCCCCCCUGUCUCCCUCCCUCUCCCCCUGUCUCCCCUCCCUCCCCCCUGUCUCCCCUCCCCUCUCCCCCUGUCUCCUCCCCCUCUCCCCCUGUCUCCCCUCCCUCUCCCCCUGUCUCCCCUCCCUCUCCCCCCUGUCUCCCUCCCUCUCCCCCCUGUCUCCCUCCCUCUCCCCCCCCUCUCCCUCCCCCCCUGUCUCCCCUCCCUCCCCCCUGUCUCCCCUCCCUCCCCCCCUGUCUCCUCCCUCCCCCCCCUGUCUCCCCCCCCCCUCCCCCCCCUCUCCCCUUGUCCCCCCUCCCCCCUUGUCCCUCUCUCUUCUCUCUCCCCCUCUCCCCCUUGUCCCUCUCUCUUCUCUCUCCCCUCUCUCUUCUCUCUCCCCUCCCCUCUCUCUUCUCUCUCCCUUGUCCCUCUCUCUUCUCUCCCCCUCCCCCUGUCCCUCCCUCUCCUAACUAUUAUUGCAAAAUUAAUGUGACCUCUCAUUCUUUCCUCCUCCUCCCUCUCCCUCUCUCUUUCCUCCUCCCUCUCUCUCUCUUUCCUCCUCCCUCUCUCUCUCUCUUUCCUCCUCCCUCCCUCUCUUUCCUCCUCCCUCUCUCUCUCUUUCCUCCUCCCUCUCUCUCUCUUUCCUCCUCUCUCUCUCUCUCCUCCUCCUCCCUCUCUCUCUCUUUUCCUCCUCCUCCCUCUCUCUCUCUUUCCUCCUCCUCUCUCUCUCUCUUUCCUCCUCCUCUCUCUCUCUCUCUCUCCCCUCCUCCCUCUCUCUCUCUCUUUCCUCCUCCUCUCCUCUCUCUCUCUCUCCUCUCCCUCUCUCUCUCUUUCCUCCUCCUCUCUCUCUCUUCCCUCCUCUCUCUCUCCUUCCUCUCUCUUUCCUCCUCUCUCUCUCUUUCCCUCCUCUCUCUCUCUUUCCUCUCUCUCUCUUUGCUCCUCUCUCUCUCUUUGCUCCUCCUCCCUCUCCCUCUCUCUUUGCUCCUCCUCCCUCCCUCCCUCUCUCUUUCUCUCCUUCUCCGCCUAUCUUUCACUAUUUCUCUAUCCUUUCUGCUUUAUCUAUUUAUCUCUGUCUCCCCCACCAAGUCCAGGCCUUUUCCCCGCCUUCAUCAGUAG